AUGGUUUUAACAAGACUGAUGAGGUCCCUGUUUCAGACCAACCUGACCGAGCUGAAGUCGUUUGGGGCCCCGCCUCCAGCUGUCAGCAACGUCAGCGCGGCGGUGAUGACCCUCACAGCCCCCGGGGGCCGGGUGCCCAAGGACCGGAGCUGGAAGGCCGCCAAGGUCACCAUGGCCAAAGUGGACGGUUUCCUGGACUCCCUCAUCAACUUCGACAAGGAGAACAUUCCCGAGAGCUGCCUCAAGGCCAUCAGGCCAUACCUGCAGAAUCCAGAGUUCCGCCCCGAGUUCGUGGCCACCAAGUCGUACGCGGCCGCAGGUCUCUGCUCCUGGGUCAUCAACAUCGUGCGGUUCUACGAGGUCUUCUGCGACGUGGAGCCCAAGCGCCAGGCAUUGAGCAGGGCCACCGCAGACCUCACCGCCGCCCAGGAGAACCUGGCAGCCAUAAAAGCCAAAAUCGCUCACCUUAAUGAAAACCUGGCCAAACUCACAGCCAAGUUUGAGAAAGCAACAGCAGAUAAACUCAAAUGUCAGCAAGAAGCUGAAGUGACCACAGGCACCAUCUCCCUUGCAAAUCGCCUGGUGGGUGGACUUGCCUCUGAGAACGUGAGGUGGGCAGAAGCCGUGCAGAGCUUCCGACACCAGGAGAGCAAGUUAUGUGGGGACGUUUUACUCACCACAGCUUUCGUGUCCUACCUCGGCUUCUUUACGAAGAGCUACCGGCAGAGCCUUAUGGACGGGACCUGGAGACCCUACCUGAGCCGGCUGGAAGUCCCCAUCCCCGUCACCCCCACCCUGGAUCCCCUGAGGAUGCUGACGGAUGAUGCCUACGUGGCAGCCUGGCAGAACCAGGGCCUCCCCGCGGACCGCAUGUCCACGGAGAAUGCCACCAUCCUCCUCAGCUGUGAGCGCUGGCCCCUCAUGGUUGACCCACAGCUACAAGGCAUCAAGUGGAUCAAGAACAAAUAUGGCGAGAACCUCCGGGUCACCCAGAUCGGCCAGAAGGGGUAG